GGCGGCCUGUGCACGGCGGCGGCGACGGCGGUGGCCUGAGCCGCGCGGUUCCGCAUCCGCCGAGUGUGAUGAGGCUGCCCUGCGUCGGGGCUCCGCUCGCCGCCAGCUGACAGCGCCGGCACCCAGCCCGCCCGCGAGGGCUGACGCCGCGGGGCCGUGACCUUGGCCGCGGAGGGCAGACGGAUCGUUCCAGUGCCUGAGAGCUGACCAAGUGUGGGGUGACAUGGCCCAGGGGAAUAAUUACGGGCAGACCAGCAACGGGGUGGCGGAUGAAUCACCCAACAUGCUGGUGUACAGGAAGAUGGAAGACGUCAUAGCACGCAUGCAAGAUGAAAAAAACGGAAUUCCUAUUCGUACUGUCAAAAGCUUUCUUUCCAAGAUACCUAGUGUCUUCUCUGGGUCAGACAUUGUUCAAUGGUUAAUAAAGAACCUAACUAUAGAAGAUCCAGUGGAGGCACUACAUUUGGGAACAUUAAUGGCUGCCCAUGGCUACUUCUUUCCAAUCUCGGAUCACGUCCUCACACUCAAAGAUGAUGGCACCUUUUACCGGUUUCAGACACCCUAUUUUUGGCCAUCAAAUUGUUGGGAGCCAGAAAACACGGACUACGCGGUUUAUCUCUGCAAGAGAACAAUGCAAAACAAGGCAAGGCUGGAACUAGCUGACUAUGAAGCUGAGAGCCUGGCCAGGCUGCAGAGAGCAUUUGCCCGGAAGUGGGAGUUCAUUUUCAUGCAAGCAGAAGCACAAGCAAAAGUGGACAAGAAGAGAGACAAGAUUGAAAGGAAGAUCCUCGAUAGCCAAGAGAGAGCGUUCUGGGAUGUUCAUAGACCUGUGCCUGGAUGUGUAAAUACCACUGAAGUGGACAUUAAGAAGUCAUCCAGAAUGAGAAACCCACAUAAAACACGGAAGUCUGUCUAUGGUUUACAAAAUGACAUUAGAAGUCACAGUCCUACCCACACACCCACACCAGAAACUAAACCUCCAACAGAAGAUGAAUUACAACAACAGAUUAAAUAUUGGCAAAUACAGUUAGAUAGACAUCGGUUAAAAAUGUCAAAAGUUGCUGAUAGUCUGUUAAGUUACACGGAACAGUAUGUAGAAUAUGACCCAUUUCUUGUGCCACCUGACCCUUCUAACCCAUGGCUGUCUGAUGAUACUACUUUCUGGGAACUUGAAGCAAGCAAAGAACCAAGUCAGCAGAGGGUAAAACGGUGGGGUUUUGGCAUGGAUGAAGCAUUGAAAGACCCAGUUGGGAGAGAACAGUUUCUUAAAUUUCUAGAGUCAGAAUUCAGCUCAGAAAAUUUAAGAUUCUGGCUAGCAGUGGAAGACCUGAAGAAAAGGCCUAUUAGAGAAGUCCCUUCCCGAGUUCAGGAAAUAUGGCAAGAAUUUCUGGCUCCUGGAGCUCCCAGUGCCAUUAACUUGGAUUCUAAGAGCUAUGAUAAAACCACACAGAAUGUGAAGGAACCUGGACGAUACACGUUCGAAGAUGCUCAGGAGCACAUUUACAAAUUGAUGAAAAGUGAUUCAUACCCACGUUUUAUAAGAUCCAGUGCCUAUCAAGAGCUUCUACAGGCAAAGAAAAAGGGCAGAAACAUCCCUAUUUUCCCAUGCCAUAAAAACUGUACACCAACACUGAGGGCCAGCACUAACCUGUUAUGAAAAAGAGGGGAAAUCUCUCACGUCAAAGAGGUUAACAAGCCUCGUUCAGUCCUACUAAAAGGAUCAUCUUGUAGCAUGGAAGCAGACUGGAGUCAUUGCAUAUACUUUGUAGCUCUUUGUUGUUACCUGGAGCAGAGGACAUUAGGCCAAGAUGUUGCAUGAGCAAAGGACCUGAAUUGUUCUCUCUUUGUGUACAUUCAGGCAUUGCCAUUCCAAGGGACUCUACUGUCUCAAUGCCUCCACUGCAAAAUGUUGUCUGCUUACUUUCUCCUUGUACUAAGCUGGAUCUGUGUCGUUUCCUUUUUAACAAGUUCAAGUGGAGUAAACCUUUUUUUUUUCCUUCUCUUAAAGCUUCUGCUAGACACACAGUUCACUGAAAAUUCACUCAGUCAAAAACUGGAAGAAUUG